AUGCAUCUCCCACUUAUCGCCUCGCUCAUCCUCUGCGCUUCGGUAACCGUUAUCGCUAACGAGCCGGUGACGCCAUAUUCAAACCCGGUCACCCCUGACAUAGCAGCUGCAGCUUUGACAACACCAGGGGCCACGGCGUCGAUGACAGAAAUCCCAGCUUCGGCCGUGACCGCAACCCCAUCACCAAGCUCCACCGCUGAAGAUGUCACCACGACAACAGUUACUCUGGUCAGCCUCUCAGAAAGCCCCAGCUCAAGCUCUAGCUACACAACCAGCACACUCAUCUCCUCCCUCCAAGCCACAGCAACGACAAUGACCACCCUCAGCUCGGACUCUACCACUACCUCAACGUCCAGCCUAACCCUCACCACCUCCUUAAUUCGAACCACCACAAUAGCCACUCACGCCAACCAAACCUUCACAUCAUCAGCUCCGACUCUCACACUCACAUCCACCACAGCUCGCUUCCAAAACGUAACUACGUCUGUGGUCCUCAGCACCAAAACAGCGAACCCUCCCCCAAAGUCAACAAUCACAAGCAUUGUCACUGCAAAUCCGAGCCCACAGACAACGACAGCGAGGGGUGGUGCUAGUACCACGACAGGGCAACCGAGUUUGGCUACCAGUAACGCUGCCACAAGCUUUAAGGGCGGCAUGAGUGUGGUGGGUCUGUGGACCGUUUUGGUGGGAGUGCUUGGGUUGACGGGCGGGUACGUGAUGUUUUGA